AUGACAACUCUCGCAACCGCAGCUACAACCGCCCCCGCGUCGGCCGUUGUGCCGCGCGUGUCCAUCCCUACCAACGGCGUCGACUACCGCAACAAAAUCGUCCUCGCUCCAAUGGUCCGCUCAGGCGAACUACCCUCACGCCUCCUAGCAUUGAAAUACGGCGCCGACCUCGUCUGGGGCCCGGAAACAAUCGACCGCGCGAUGAUUGGCGCCGAGCGACGUGUGAACCCACGAAACGGCACCAUCGAAUUCACCCGCAUGCCCAGCAACGGCGGCCGCCCUAACAAAUCACUCAAAGAAUCAGUCAUCUACCGCAUUGACCCGGCGCGCGAAAAGGGACGACUAGUCUACCAAAUCGGCACGGCCAGCCCGGAGCUAGCAGUGCAGGCGGCGCGCGUCGUGGCCGCCGACGUCUCAGGCAUCGACGUCAACUCCGGCUGCCCGAAACCCUUCUCCACGAGCGGCGGCAUGGGCGCCGCCCUCCUCCGCACCCCAGACCUGCUCGUCUCGAUCCUGGAGGCCCUCGUCAAGGAAGUCGGGACACCCUUCCAAAUCGGCAUCUCGGUCAAGAUCCGCAUCCUCUCCAAGCCCGAAGAAACAGAAGCCCUCGUCUCGCGCCUCGUCAAAACAGGCAUCACGGGCUUGACGGUGCACUGUCGCACGACUCCCAUGCGGCCGCGCGAACGCGCAAUCCGUGACCAACUCCCCAUGGUAGCGAGGAUCUGCCACGACGCCGGUGUGGCGUGCGUGAUGAACGGCGACGUGACGUCGCGCGACCAGGGCCUCGCGCUGAUGGCCGAGUACGGCGUUGACGGUGCGAUGAUCGCGACCUCCGCGGAGACCAACGCCUCUUGUUUCCGGACUAACGAGGAUGGCGGCGUCGCGCCGUGGCGGGACGUUGUCUACGAGUACAUGCGCUUCUGUAUGGAGUCGGAGAAUCGGCUGGGAAAUACCAAGUACUUGCUUAACAUGCUGAUUCCCGGAAAAGACAAAGAGUUCAAGGAUGCGAAACUGUCAAAGACGUAUCUUGAUAUCUGCCGCGCGUUGAAAUUCGAGGAUUUGCUUCCUGCUGCUAUGCGUGUUGAUGAGCUACUCGGUCUCGAUGAGAAAUGGGAGGCUGCCCCCGAUACAGAAUCCCAGGCGGAGCCUAAAUCAAAGGCUGUGCAGAAUGCCAAGGUGUCGGAGGCUGCUCGUGCAGCUGGCGGCGGUGCUGUUCGGACUAAGACGCCCUCGCCGGCUGUUCAUGCGGGUGGUCCUAUCCGGCGGUCUUCUGCUCCUCAGCCAGCUAAGGUUGUUCAGGUUGAUGCAGAGCAGCCAGCUGUUGAGGCUGCUAUUACCGCUGCACAGACUCAGGCUCCGUCUCAGGUGACGGCGUAA